GAGAAAGAGAGCGCGAGAGGACACACAGAAAGGUCGCAGCACCGCCAACGGCAGCCGGACUUGGAAGAAAACGACGUCUGAAGCCUUGUGUGUUGGAGUUGAUAUUCGCGAACUUUUGAUACAAGGAGAGACAUAACAGUGACAGAGCUUUGCCAAAGUGACACAGAACUCGAGUAGCAGAAGAGUUUUUGCAAGACUGCGUAAGAUGGAGGCCAUGAAGGUGCUGACUUCCCUCCUUGUCCUGACCCUGACCGGACCCACGCUCGGGUAUCCUUAUACCCGGGGCGUGCCCUCGAGGUCUAGCGGGCGAGGGCGGGAACAGAUGCUUGAAGGCGGUCUUGGAGAGUACCUCGGAGGCUACAUGCAGGACCAGCAGUACGCUCUUCCCGAGUACCAGCCCACCUACCGUCACGGAUACGCCGCUCAGAGGCCGAGAAUAAACGCAGAGGCCCUCGCAGCUCUGCUCCCUUACCUGACUGGCGCUAAUGACGACUAUGCCUACGACUACAACACCUACAGCGACGACGAGGGGACGUGGUACGACGACACAGCCAACGCCGAGAUCGCAGAACCCGUCGAGAGCGACGACGCCGCCCUUUUCCAGUACCUCAUCAACCACCGCAACGGCAGGUAUUCUCUCGAGGACCUGGAGAACCUGGAGCGCGAGGCGGAGAUUGAAGACAACACCGAGAACCAGCUCCACGCCCUCCUCGCCAAAAAGAUUAACAAGAAGUCGAACAUGCCAGUCCUCGGAAGCCGGCAGGUCGGAGCCGCCCCUCUUCCCGCCGUCAGCCUGAGGGGACAGAAGGAGGAGGCCCUCGACAUCCCCGCCACUUCCAUCAGACGACCUGUCUUCGCCCGCCAGAUCACCACGCAGCCAGAGGAACAGACCGCAUCAGAGUCAGCCCUCGUCAGCAACGACAAGCGCAGCGUCAGCACAGCCAAACCAGAGGAGGAGAAGUCCGUCUCGAGCACCGCCAUCAGUGCUGUCACGGACAAGGCUGACGAAUCCACGACCAUGUCCCCGUACAUGCUGAACCGCUACGAUGCCUUCCUGAAGUACCUGGACAGGGAAAGAAAAGUUCGCCAGCAACAGGACUUCGAGCAGGAGCUGCAGCAGGAGAUGCGGCCCCCACAGAAGAGGUUCAUCACCGACCAGGAGGCUCUGACGCAGCAGCUGGCCAGCCUCAAGAAGAGCGUCGCCUAAACCGCCCACGACGAUCGACACGCGACCGAUUAAUGCCAAAUGAGGUGCUGCUCAUUAAGGAGGAAGGAGACGAAGAAGGAGGAAGGAGGAGACGAAGAAGAAGAGGAGGAGGAAGUAACGAAAAAAGAAGAAGCGUAGGACGAGAAGCGAGUGGAAGACACACACGACUAAACGAAGUUUCUCCUCGGGAACAAGGAAGCCCAGAGGCCGAGGAACCACGAGAAACCGCGAGAAAGCACGAGACUCGUGACCCUGGAAGUGAUGAAGGUAUAAAGAUGUCCCACAGGACGUGUCACGUGACUGCCCAUAGUCAUGCCAUCGCCACGUAAGCUGUCACUGACGAGGCACUUCGCUAAGACGACGAUUCUGAUAAUGCCGUUCAAGUGGUCGAAUGUUCAGACGUUCGAGUCGCGUCGGCGCCGGCGUAUUCAAGCACAUUUGCCUUUCUUAUUUCCAAGCUAGAGGUAGAUGGCGAUGGCAGAAACUGGUCUCUCGAUGCCUAGACGAUGCGCAUUCAUCCCAUUAUUCCAUUUUCUUUCCACGACCCUUAGGCGACUUCAACCCCUUCGUUUGUCUGGGACUUUCUGCACGAAUACUGCCAGACCCGUCUUGCCUGUGGACCGCCUUCGUUGAGCAGAUUUUGUGGGUUUCCGGUCCUUCCGUUUCUGCCUCUCCUUUGUUAGCAGUUUCUCUUUCUCUUGAUCAGAGUUCAUUGCCAUGGUUACCGCUGAUACGAGGUUCAUUUCACUGGUAACGACACUGCCUUCGGUUUGGACAGAGCGACUUUUCUCACUUCGUUGGCCUUCGUGUGAAUCCUAAACGUGUGAGGGAAGCUGUAUCGAGCACAAACCACAUAUUGCCGCUAAGAGCAUAAAUAAUGAUAUGGCUUAAGAUUAGACUUCAUUUUACUCGGUGUGUUAAAGUCAACUUUCCAAAUCCAGAU